AUCAUUUUGCGAUCUCAUUCACUAUCUGCUAAAGCUUACAAAUCUGAUGUUUCUUUUGUUAAGGAGAGACGUCCAGUCCGUGCUUAUAAUAGUGUUUACAGAAUUAAAGAUUCUUCUGCACCA